AUGAAUCCUAAGAUUUAUGAUGGAAGCUCAAAAUCAGCUUCAGCUGUUGCGAGCGCUAAGGGCAAGCCAAGCACUCCUGUCGUCCGACAGUCCUCUACCUCAACUCCAACAGCAGUCACGAAACCUAUUCCUACGGACUCGGUUACUUCAUGCACCGUUACUCUGCAACCGAUCACCAACAUUGAAAGUGAACUGAGCAUUCUUACAACCAACCAUCAGACAUCGACAACCAACACUGUACCAUCGACCCCCCCUGUAUCUAGCGCUUCUGUAACCGUUAAUUUGCAACAGGCAAUACGUUCCAUGCUGGAAUCAAAGUCAGGAAAACCACCAGCACACACGGAACGUGCAACCCCACAUUGUUCUCAUGCUGAACCGUCACAGGGCCUACCCGGAGGGUCCCCACCUUGCAUACAAAGCUCAGUGCAAAUCAAAUCAUCCACACCUGCACCAAGUACCAAUGUGGCCAUGGUCUCUCCCUCUAAACCCUCCAGUGCCAAGCCAUCCUCCCUGGUACAGCCUGUUAACGCUAGCGUCUCACGCUCUACGUUAGCUCAGUUAUCAGCAGUUUUAACGCAAACAAAUCGCACCGCAAGUACAACGGUCGGUGGAAAUCAUUCAGCAUUGAUCCGGUCUACCGAUGCAGCCCAUUUACAUUCAACUGUCCCUAGUAGUAACUUGCCAUCCAAUGGACCGGAUACAAGUACAAUACGCCCGAUGAACCGUGAACAACCUCGGUCUGUGGGCCUUGGAGUUCCUGAAAAUUCCGUCCGCAUUACUGCUGUUCGAAGACAAACGGCUCCAGUGGUGUUUAAUCGAGGACCCAGAUCAACCCAACCAGCUACUCUCAACAUUACUACUUCAGUGGCACAGCGAACUGAGUCGCAACAUUCUCCGACUGUAGCGGGUGUUUCUGUGACCGGUGCAUACGACAAACAGGUCCGUCAGCAGUUACUCUACCAGUCUGCUGCCGUUGCACUCUCCGCUGCUCAAAUAGAUCAGUUGCAACAACGCGCAGUGUCGACCAGCGCCCGCCCAAACCCUUCAGUUAAUUGCAAUUCAUGGCUCGCUGCAACGGCUCUUCUUCUUCAGAGACCUCAACCACCCCCAGCUCAUCAGCAGAUCCCUACAACUACCUCCUAUCAACUGUCCCGUGAGUCGGGUGCACCGAAUAGCACGCCUAAUACACACUCAGGAAACCAAUCGACCAAAGGUGUCGCGUCUUCAUCUCCACGAACCGUAAAUCCGGCUUUCACAAAUCCCGGUUAG